AUGUCCCUUCCAACUCAAUUUGAGGGCGUGCUUCCGCUCUACAGUGUCCAGAAACCCCCUUACAUGGUCGAAUCACCUGAGGCCGAAGAAGUUGAAGGAGAAACGAAGCCAUUCAGGCAUGUCAAGGCGAAGGACGGCCUUAUCACACGCCCCGAAUCUCACAUCACCACUACUUAUGACAUAUUAAUCGAGACUGCGAAAAAAUACGGCGACAAAGCGGCCAUAGGUUCUCGUAAACUUAUCAAGACGCACACCGAGACCAAGAAAGUACCAAAAAUUGUUGAUGGGGUCAAGACCGAAGUUGAUAAACAAUGGACUUACUUCGAGUUAACUCCAUACACAUUCUUGACUUAUAAUGAGUACAAGACUCGAGCUCUAAACGUAGGCGCGGGUUUGAAGAAGCUGGGGCUCGAGACUGGUGACGUGUUACAUAUCUUUGCGGCGACGAGCGCCAACUGGCAAUGCACGGCUCACGCCUGCGCUUCGCAAUCCAUCACAAUCGCAACCGCAUACGAUACUCUCGGCUCGGAUGCUGUCGAAUACUCCCUCACGCAAACGAAUGCGAAGGCUAUGUAUACCGACCCCCACCUAUUCAAAGUUGCCAGCCGCCCUUUGAAGAAUGCAAAAGAUGUCAAGUACUUGAUUUACAAUGACUCGACCAACAUCCCCAUCUCUGACAAGGAGAUGGCCGACUUCAAAACCUCAAAUUCUCACCUUACCAUCAUCUCCUACUCUGACCUAAUUACCCUCGGCGAGGAGAACCCUAUAGACCCCGUACCGCCGAAACCUACCGAUAUGUGCUGUAUCAUGUACACUUCUGGUUCCUCUGGAACUCCCAAAGGUGUCCCUCUUACCCACGAAGGAGUUGUUGCGGGUAUCACCGGCUUAUGGACUAUUGUCGCCGAGACUGUUUCGCACCGCGACGUCAUACUCGCGUAUCUCCCCCUGGCUCACAUCUUGGAGGUAGCUGUGGAGAAUUUAGUAAUGUUUGUUGGAGGUACAUUAGGCUACGGAUCCCCACGCACGCUAGCCGACUCCUCUAUGCGCAACUGUGCUGGGGACAUGCGAGAGCUUGCACCUACCGUCAUGGUUGGUGUACCCCAGAUAUGGGAGACCAUCAGGAAAGGUAUCGAAGCCAAAGUUAACUCUGGUGGUGCUUUAACUAAGAAUCUUUUCUGGGGUGCUUACAAUCUCAAGAGCUUACUUGUGGCAACCGGCCUGCCUGGGAGUGGCUUACUUGAUGCUAUAGUAUUCAAGAAAGUCCGUGAAAUGACAGGCGGAAGGGUAAGAUUCCUCUUCAAUGGUGCCAGCGGUAUUUCGGAUGGCACAAGGCAGUUCGUAAGCUUGGUGCUUGCACCAAUGAUUACGGGAUAUGGUCUUACGGAAACAGCUGCCAAUGGUGCCCUAGGUAACCCGUUGCAAUGGACUCGGGAUGCCAUCGGCCCCGUUCCUGCAUCACUUGAGAUCAAGCUCGUCAGUAUACCUGAUCUAGGAUACGACGCAAAGAGUAAUCCUCCACAAGGUGAAAUUCUGCUGCGGGGAGUUCCAGUCUGCAAGGAGUACUAUAAGAACCCCGAUGAGACCGCGAAGGCGUUUACAUCGGAUGGGUGGUUCCGGACAGGAGAUAUCGGCGAGUUCAACUCGGUAGGCCACGUCAAGAUCAUCGACCGCGUCAAAAACCUGGUCAAGAUGCAGGGUGGUGAGUACAUUGCGCUCGAAAAGCUCGAGGCCGUCUACCGCGGUAGCGAAUACGUCCACAACGUCAUGGUAUACGGCGACGGCGAGAACCCUCGCGCCAUUGCCGUCAUCAGCCCCAACGAGAAGCCCCUAAACGACCUGGCGAAGAAAUUAGAUGUUGACCAUGCCCACGUUCAUAACGAUCCCAAGAUUUUGGAAGCGGUCCACAAGGACUUAAUCGCAGUGGGCAAGAAGGCUGGCUUGACCGGACUGGAAAUGAUCGUUGGCGUCGUAAUAGUCGAUGAGGAAUGGACGCCCGCAAGUGGCCUCGUUACAGCAACGCAAAAGGUGAACCGGAGGGCGCUCAAGGAUGCCUACAAGAAAGAAAUCCAAGAGUGCUUUAAGCGCACUUCGUAA